GUCAACACAACACAUGGUUUCUCACGUUGUGGUUUGAUCUCCAAGAAAUGAAGCCACGUUGUCUUCCUUAGAAACUUCAGUUAUGGAUACCGACCCGGGUAUAUUUAGAAGACAAAUUGAAAAGCUCAGUCAGGUGGAUAAAAAGUGUGCCGAGGUCUUCGAAAAAUAUCUGAAACAAGAUGUCUGGGCUUCAAAUGACUGGGAAUUGCUUCUCAGGACUACUGGGCAAUCUCUUCUUGAUCCUGGAUUAACAUUAUUGAUUGGUACUCAUUUAAGACCAUGGAUUUUAGAACUACUAGGACGUGCUCAAUUUGCAGCAACCAAAUCACUACAAACAGGAGGGGGUAGUGAACUUCAUAUUGCUCUCUGUGUUGCAUUAAGCAAGCUUAUAACCAUUAGCAGGGAUGUACAGAGAUUUGCUCUGAAAUUUUUCCAAAAGUCUGCACCUCCAUAUGAGAAAAAGUCCAUUGAACCAGUUGAACCAAGCCCUAAAAGAAGGAAGAAGCAGAAAUUGAAUUAUACCUUGACAGAACGAGACAUAAUCCGUGCUACAUAUGAUUUACUUGCUCACAUGGGAAAUGAUUUGAUUCAUACCUGGAAGUGGGCAGAUUUAUUAGCUUAUGUGACCCAUGAUGUAGAGGAAAUCAGAUGGCUAGUUUGCAAUUGCAUCGCAGUAUUAUCUAAAAUGAGCGAGGUUGAGAGGGAAUCUUUCAUUAUCAAGUAUGUUAAUUUGGAAGCACAUCAUCGAUUAAGCGUCGAGAGUGGAAUUUUGCAUAAUGUGUGUAUGCCUGCAAUAUUGGAGGGAGAAGAUCACAUUGAAGAAUUACUUGCUUUAAAGCAUAUUGCAACUGUUGGAGGAGUUUCACUACCCAUCUUUAGUAAGAAGAAUGUGAAAAGGGGACAUUUGGUGACAGUUUCAUCCACUGAACGCAACCUAGAGGGAGUUGCCAUUGCUGUUAGUCAAGGCCAUCCCGUUUUGAUAGAAGGUGUUGUUGGAAGUGGGAAAACUUCUGUGGUGGAACAUCUAGCUGCAGUUACAGGGAGAACAGUUCCUCCACUUUUGACCAAAGUUCAACUGGGAGAUCAGACAGAUAGUAAAACAUUGCUUGGCACAUACUGUUGCACUCAGGUCCCUGGAGAAUUUGUUUGGCGGCCUGGAUCACUCACACAGGCUGUAACGAAAGGGUAUUGGCUUCUCCUAGAGGACCUUGACUAUGCUCCUAUGGAUGUUAUAUCUGUUUUGGUUCCACUUUUAGAAUCUAGGACUCUUCCAGUACCAGGUUAUGGAAAUGUUCGGGCUCAUCCUUCCUUUCAGCUGUUUGCUACUCGUCGGACUUUGGGUGGCGCCAGGAUUGUCAGUGGCUGCACAAAACUUCUUGACAAGUUGUGGACUAAAGUUACUCUUGAAACAUUAUCACGUUCUGAACUAGAGCAUCUUGUCUCCUCAAAGUGGCCAGAAUUACAAAGCAUUUCAGACAGACUCACAGCUACAUAUCUUAUGCUUUCUGCUGGUCAGCAUGAUGAUGAUGUAGCAUUAGAGAGUGGAUCAGGUAUUCCAGACAUGACAGCUAUGAAGCUGUCAGGCAGGUUGGUAUCUACACGUGACUUGAUGAAAUGGUGUUCAAGAGUUAAUGCCCAUCUUAAAACUUCGGAUGUAACCCUGGCAACUAGGGCUUUUCAGGAAGCACUUGAUUGUUUCUGUGCUGCAGUUCCAGUUCUGAAUACAAGAUAUUCGUUUGCACUACAAAUUGGUUCUUACAUGAACUCAUCUAAAGCAGAAGUAGACUACUAUUGCACAAAAUACAAGCCAGAGAUAAUGCACAAUACUAAUAAUCUGAAAAUUGGUCAGAGAGGGAAUUUACCAAAGAAAGCAGUCAGUGCUUUGUCUACUAGUAAAACCAAAAAUGUCACUUUUUCGUUCACUAGACCUGCAUCUCUCUUAUUGGAAAGAAUAGCUGUGGCUGUCAGUAAUUAUGAACCAGUUUUGCUGGUAGGAGAAACAGGAACUGGCAAAACCUCAACUGUACAGUAUUUAGCCCAGCAGACAAAACACAAGCUAAGGGUUAUAAACAUGAACCAGCAGAGUGAUUCGACUGAUCUCUUGGGAGGCUUUAAACCCGUGGAAAUGAAAACUAUUGUGUCACCUCUGCGGCAAGAAUUUGAAGAUCUCUUUGCUGCUACAUUUUCAUCUUCAAAGAACAAUAAAUUUCUACAGCAUAUCAUGGUGUGCUAUGUUAACCAGAGGUGGAAAGAUCUUUUUGCACUAAUGUCACAUACUCAAGAGAAAGCCAUUAAUAAAUUGAAGGAGUCUGUUGUUGAAGAUGCCACAGAAGAACAGGCGGCAAUCAGUGUGGAAAAUAAAGAUUUAUUGAGUAAAUGGAAAAAAAUGCGCAUCAAAAUUGCCAAUAUGAAGGAACAAGUGGAGCAAGCUCAAAGUGCACUAGCAUUUGCAUUUAUUGAGGGAGCUCUUGUAAAAGCUGUUCAAGAAGGUGAGUGGGUGCUCCUUGAUGAGAUCAAUUUAGCCAGUGCAGAAACUUUGGAGUGUUUGUCAGGUCUCUUGGAAUCUGAAUCUGGGUCCCUGAUCCUUUUAGAGAGAGGUGAUAAUAAACCUGUGGAGAGGCAUCCUGACUUUAGACUCUUUGCUUGCAUGAAUCCAGCCACAGAUGUUGGUAAAAAAGAAUUGCCAGCUGGUAUUCGCAACAGGUUUACUGAAUUUUUCAUGGAUGAAUUAGAAGACAACUUGGAUAUUAUGAUACUGAUUAAUGAUUAUCUUGUUAAGUUAGGGCCAUCAAGCAAGCAGAUACAAGGAAUUAAGGAUUUUUAUAAAAAAGUAAAGAAGAGGGCAUCCACAUCAUUGACUGAUGGAACUGGUCACAAACCUCACUUCAGCUUGCGAACCCUUUGUAGAGCUUUAGCUGUGGCUGCAAAGAAUCCUUGUCUAAACUUUCGCCGAUCUUUAUAUGAAUCUUUUUGUUUAUCAUUCUUAACGCAACUUGAUAGAACAUCUCACCCUGCUGUGGUCUCUCUCAUCAUAACUCAUGUCAUGGGUAUAGAACCCUCAGAAGCUGAAUCUAGUAGGAAGAAAAAAUUACCUUUGGAUCCCAUACCAGCACCAAACUCUGGCAAAUGUAUUGAAAUUGAAGGAUACUGGGUACCACAAGGGGAUUGUGAGCCUGAUUCUAUGCAGAAUUAUAUCAUCACUGAAACAGUGAAGAAAAACCUUCAUGAUUUGGUACGUGUUGUUAGUAUAGGUCGUUUCCCAGUUCUUCUCCAAGGUGAAACAUCAGUAGGCAAGACAUCAUUAAUCACUUACCUUGCUCGUCUUACUGGAAAUAGAUGUGUCCGUAUCAACAAUCAUGAGCACACGGAUUUGCAAGAGUAUGUUGGUUCCUAUGCACCUGAUGAGAAUGGGAAGCUUAUCUUUAAAGAAGGUAUCUUGGUGAAAGCAAUGCGUAGAGGAUAUUGGAUCAUUUUAGAUGAGUUAAAUUUAGCUCCAACAGAUGUGCUGGAAGCUUUGAAUAGACUUCUGGAUGAUAACCGUGAAUUAUUCAUACCUGAAACUCAGGAGACUGUCAGAGCACACAAGCAUUUUAUGUUAUUUGCCACACAGAAUCCUCCUGGUUUAUAUGGUGGACGAAAGGUGUUGUCUCGUGCUUUCCGCAACAGAUUUGUGGAGCUACAUUUUGAUGAAAUUCCUCCAUCAGAACUAGAAGUGAUACUACACAUGAGGUGUGAGGUGCCUUUGUCAUACAGUAAAAAAAUGGUUUCUGUUCUCAAGGAGUUGCAAAAAAUGAGAAGAGGCUCAAAUAUUUUCCAGGGGAAACAAUCUUUCAUCACUCUUCGAGAUCUUUUUCGUUGGGCUGAACGUUAUCGUCUUGCUCCAAAACAAGAAGCCAAAUUUUAUGAUUGGGAUCAACAUCUUGCAGAUGAAGGAUAUCUUAUUCUAGCAGGAAGAGUCCGAGCUGAAGAAGAAUGUGAAGAUAUUAGAAAGGUAAUUGAAAAGCAGAUGAAGAAGAAGGUUUUGAAGGAAAAUCUUUUCAACCUAACAGAAACUACAUCACCAGUAACAAAACUGUAUUUGGAGCAGAUGUCAACCAUGAAAGGGUUUGAGCAUGUUGUAUGGACUCAAGAUAUGCGACGCCUUUACAUAUUGGUUGCAAAAGCAUUAUCUUUUGGAGAGCCUGUCUUAUUAGUUGGUGAAACUGGCUGUGGGAAAACAACAGUUUGUCAGAUGAUUGCAGCUAAGAAUCAGCAGGACCUUUAUACUAUCAACUGUCAUAUGCAUACAGAAGGAACAGAUUUCCUUGGUGGUUUGCGACCAGUGCGAUCCCAUGAGGAUGAUGACAGGCUGUUCGAAUGGGUGGAUGGCCCAUUAAUAUUGUCUAUGAGAAAUGGUGGUAUGUUUCUAGCCGAUGAGAUAUCACUUGCAGAUGACAGUGUUUUGGAAAGAUUGAAUUCUGUCCUUGAGCCUGAGAGGAUGUUAGUUUUAGCUGAAAAAGGAACAGAUGAAGUGAUGAAUGCCAACAGCCCAGAGAUCAUUUAUGCUGAGCAACGGUUCCGUCUCAUAGGCACAAUGAACCCUGGUGGAGAUUAUGGAAAGAAGGAACUUUCUCCAGCUCUGAGAAAUCGUUUUACAGAAAUUUGGUGCCCUAAAGUUGAAAUUGGAAGAAUUUCAGCAGAUGUAAUUAACAUCAUCGAACAUAAUGUUAGAAAUGACUUGAUAUUAACACAUGAAGAUCCUUCAAGUGGAUUCGGCAAAGCAAUGGUUCAGUUCCUGGAGCACUUUACAAAAACAGAACUUGGUAAAAAGUGCAUAAUUAGUAUAAGAGAUAUCCUGUCAUGGGUUUAUUUCAUUAACAAAGUGACCACUGCUCCGAUUUUCCUUGACCCUGGACUGGCAUAUAUCCAUGGAGCAUGCCUUAUUUUGCUGGAUGGCCUUGGAUCUGGACUCACCGGAAGCAGUAUCUCAGGGUGGAAACAGUUAAGAGAAGCAAGCCUUAAUUAUCUUACCCAGCAGGUUUGGCAGAAGAUGGGUAAGAAACCAGAGAGAAAAACACUGAAUGAAGCAUUUAUUGGAGAAUUGCAUCUGAUCAACAAAAACGGCAAGUUUGGAAUUGAGCCAUUUGUAAUUAGUGCAGGGCCACAAAAGGAUGUGAAUACCGGAAUGUUUAGCUUUGAUGCACCGAGGACGUGUGUGAACUUGUUACGCUUGUUACGUGGAUUACAGCUACCUAAGCCAAUUCUGUUGGAAGGAAGCCCAGGAGUAGGAAAGACCAGCUUAGUUAUGGCUCUUGCAAAGGCAUCAGGCAAUGGUAUUACUAGAAUUAAUCUAUCUGAGCAAACAGAUGUGAGUGAUCUCUUUGGUGCAGAUUUACCUGUUGAAGGAGGAAAGGGAGGCCAGUUUGCUUGGCAUGAUGGGCCACUUUUACAGGCACUUCGAUAUGGGAAUUGGAUUGUUCUUGAUGAGCUUAAUUUGGCCUCACAGUCUGUGCUUGAGGGUUUGAAUGCUUGCUUUGACCAUCGUGGUGAAAUAUUUGUUCCAGAAUUGGGCCGAACAUUCCGAGUGGAAUAUCAGACGACAAAGAUAUUUGCUUGCCAGAAUCCUCAACAUCAAGGAGGUGCUCGGAAAGGACUUCCCAAGUCAUUUUUGAAUAGAUUCACACAGGUACAUGUAGAACCGCUUUCAUCAUCAGAUUUGGAGUUUAUCUUGCGGACAAUGUAUGCUUCUGUCCCAAAAGAAAUCAUAACAAAAAUGGUGGAAUAUAAUCAUUUACUAUGUCAAGAGAUCAUAGUAGAAGGUUCCUGGGGACACCGUGGAGGCCCAUGGGAGUUAAACCUAAGAGAUCUAUUCAGAUGGUGCGAUGUCAUGACUAAGCACCAGUCAACUGAAAAAUAUAAUCCUGGAGAAUAUGUAGCUCUGAUAUAUUCAGAUCGAAUGCGAACUAAAGAAGACAAAGACAGUGUUUUGGCUCUCUAUGAUCGUGUCUUUGGUGAGAAGUUUCCAUCUUAUAGGAGUGUGGGACAAUUUUAUAUCACAGGCGCCUCACUUCAAGUUGGGCAUUCAUUCAUAGAGAGGAAGAUUGAUGGCAAUGAUAGUGAGGAAGAUAGUAGUGGUAACCUGUAUAUGAUUCAUCAUCAGCUACCAGUCCUCGAGUCUCUCAUUACAUGUGUCAAUAUGAACUGGAUGGCUCUUUUGAUUGGUGACUCUGGUGUUGGUAAGACUUCUGUUGUUAAGCUUUUAGCCAGCGUACUAAACAAACGCCUUUUGACCUUCACCGUUAACUCUGAUAUGGAUGUUACAGAACUUUUAGGAGGAUUUCAACAGGUUGAUUUUGGGCGUGAAUUGGGAGAGGCUGUGAAUGAUGCGGGCACUUGCGUUUGGUCAUCAGUACGCAAACAGUUAUUGGAUGGAAAUUUUGGACUGGCUAAGGAACUGUUGAACAUAUGGGAUAGGCUUGUAACAGCUUAUAACUCCAAGGCUGUUAGGACAACAUCUGAAGAAAUAGCACACUUUCAUGAUCAGUGUGAUAUUUUAACUGAACUUUUAGAUACACUGAUUGAGAAGAAGCCGCUUACAGACGUCAGUUUUUCCAUCAAAAAGGGGAAGAAGAGAAUGAUUAGGCAAGAAAUGAAUGGACAUGAUGGAUUAGGUGCACAACAAAAGAAGAAGAAGAAAGUCCAGCAGACAAAUGGAUGGUCUGAAAUGAACAUUAUUCCAGAUCAAGUUAAGAGACUCAGAGAUUUAGUUCUUAAACUCAAAGAACGAGUUCAGGUUGCAGGAGGAGUAUCUGGUGGUGGCACUUUUCACUGGGUUGACUCUAUCCUUGUGAAGGCUGUUCGUGAUGGAGACUGGUUACUAAUAGAUGGAGUGAAUGUUUGUUCUGCAUCUGUCUUGGAUCGACUAAAUGCAAUGUUAGAGCCAGGUGGUGUUUUGGCAAUUAGUGAGAGAGGUGUUGUGGAUGGUGCUGUUCCCAGUAUUACUCCACACCGAAACUUCAGGCUAUUCUUGGCAAUGGACCCCCAGUAUGGAGAGAUUUCAAGGGCUAUGCGAAAUCGUGGUUUGGAGAUCUGUCCCCUUGAAGCUUGGGAGUUGAGUUUGGAUAUUAGAUCAUUGCUGCAGCAGAGUGGAUUGUACUCUCCUGAGUUACAAAACAAGCUUACUAAUUUACAUCAUAGUGUUAAUGAAGCCCUUCCAGUUUAUGAACAGUUAGGCAUAAGUCAUCUAAAACGAGUAGCAUCUGUUACCAGUCAUUUGAUGCAGUCUGGGUUUCAAGAAGAAAUUGCCCUCACGAAAGCUGCUAUGCUUGUUUAUUUUAGAUCACAAGGAAAACCAGAUAUUCGUGACAACAUAAACAAGGUUAUUAGUAACGUCAUAAAUGCAACUAAAACCACUACAAAUAUACCUUUCCCUAAAUUCGAAAAUCAGGUGAUGAGCAUAAGAAGUCUCAAAAGUGGAAGUGACAUAGCAUAUAUCAAGACCAAAGGAUCACUUCUCCAUACUUAUCUUUUGAGUGUUUUGUAUCCAGAACUUUCUAGGGAAUGGACAGCAUCAGUCUUGCCUCCACCUUGCUCAGUACCUUCUGAUAAACAACACAUGAUACAGUGCCUCACCUUAAUUCUUUCAUCGACACCUGUGCAUGACUGGCCCUUAUUGCAUACCUGGAUAGCUCAUAUGAGUCAUGAGAUACCUGCAGAAGUAUCCCAUCUAUGCCAGUUGGCAGUUGUUGCUGUACAUCAUGUGCAUUCAGUAGCACCAAAGCAGUUACUUAAAGCUUUAACUCAGAAUAUGAAUAAAAUACACACUUUUGAUCCAAGACAUAACAUGCAAGCACUUGCUACAGAAAUGGGGAAUGACAUUGGUGUUACUGAAAGUCUUGCUAACAAAGCAGCUCUGUGGUUAUGGCGUACACUUAGCCAGUUUUGCAGGGAGUACCACAUGAGUACAGAUCUCAAAGGUGGUAGCUGCAAGGUUGAUUCAAUGACAGUACUGGAAAUGUCUGAGGCAGUAACCAAGGGUAUAAUAAGCAAAAGUUCUGUCAUGCAUAAGUCUGUUUUAUAUCUGGCACCAGUGUUAAAAUCCCUGCAUGAGAUGAUUAUCAGUUUUUGUAGCAAUAUACAGAUUUCACUUUCAAAUGUAGAGUGGGGAAGUUUAGUUGCUGCUGUGCGUUGGACAGACCGCCUUGUUGAACUGUGUGAUCAGGUAGUAGAAAAGUCUGCGUUUCACUUGUUUGUCCCACAGUUAGCUCUUCACUGGCAGUGGGUCAUUGAGGAAUUGCUAAACAGAAUGCCAAACUCAUGGAGGGAAUUGGUACCUUCUGAAGUGAAAGAAUUGGUUAAUACUUUGCAGCGAGUUUUUGACAGACAAUUUGGUGCUUUAGAUAAAUUGGCAAUUGACAUUCGGAGCUGUACAUCUCCUGCACCUUUCACAUCACCUUUUUCAUCAGAUGCUCACUCUCGACUGGUGGAUAUUUCAACUGCACUGAGUCCUGUGCCAGGUAAUCAUAGAAUUAAUGUAUUUCUGGCUUCAGUUGAAGGUAGAGAAAUAUGCCAAACAUUAGUACUUUUGUCAAACGAAGUAGAAGCCCUUAAUUCUUAUUCAGUGAUGAGCAUGGAUGAAAAACUUACUACAAUUGAGGACAAAUUGCAAAGAAAGUGUUUCAACAAGGAUUUCUCUCAUGAUGCCUUUAAAGCUGGCAUCUUGUCUCUACUGAUACAGACUUGGCCUUUACAUGAUUUUGUAGCACUGAUGACAUUAUUGAGUAGAAGGGAAUUUGUAGAUUCUUCCCAUAUCCAGAGUGUCAUUGCCAGAGGACCAGGAAUCUAUAAAGAAUUAGUAGCAUGUUUGUCAGGACCAUCUAUUAGGUCCCCUGCUGUAAUUAAUGUUCAUAGCUAUUUAGCACUAAGGAGAUGCACUUCAUCUCAUUUCACUAAGCUGUACUUGAAUUAUUCUGUUGGAACGUCAGAAGAGGAACUCGAGGAGCAAAUUAGGGAUGCAAAGGAUAUGUACAUUCACCCGGCUUCCUGUCAGUUAACAUAUAUCUUAUCAGCUGGAAGUAACAAACUGAAUCCUAAAUCAGAGAGUAUUAUAGAGGAAGUUGUAGCUGGUGUUCAUGUGGAAAAGGUAGGACAGCUAAAGUCAGUUCAAGCAACAUUAUGGAACAACUGGCUUUCACUUAUCAACCCAGAUGUAAGUUAUGAAGCUUCCUUUAUCAAAGUUGUGAUUGGAUUCUUAACAUCAACUCUAGGAUCACUUGCUUCAGUGUUAGGGAUUUCAUCAGAUUGCACCACCGAGUUUCAGGAUGUUGAAAGUGCAUCAGCUUUAGCUACCAAGCUCGCAAGUUCAGAUCAUAAGUGUCUGUCAGAUUCUAUGAAAAGCCAGUUACAUGUCAUCUCAGAACUAGCAAAGAAGUUUUCUCCUUGUUCAGAUAAUGAAGAAAAAUCUUUUGUAGCAGCUCAAAUGGCCGUAGUCCUUGCAUUAUUCCAGACCACUUUCAUUGCACGUAUGGAGCCAGUUGAUCCGGCAAAACGUAGCAGCCUUUUACUUCAGUACUCUCAAGAAGAGCUUCAAGAUUUAGAAUCAUAUUCAGCUUUCUCUGGUUGGCUAAAUUAUUUACGUGGAGGUUUAGGGCAUGGUAGUAAGUCAAUGUGUCAUCCUCAUGUACCAUUAGUUGAAGAAAAAUGUAAUGUUUUGAAGGCUGAAGUUGCUCAGUUAAGUCAGCAAAUUGCAGUUCGGCCAGAUCCUCCUACUUAUCAUUUCCUCCUACAGGACAUUGAACAUUUUAUGUCCACAGUGUUUUUACCUGAAAAGAUUCAGAGCCUUUUGGAUGGUUUUGUAUCUGCAAAGAUGACCUGUGAUGUUCCAUUUGAUAUCAAAGGUAGAUUAGAGCGAUUACUGCACUCCUGUGAUAAUUUUAUUACCAAAGUUGUACAGCAGUAUCCAUUGUAUCGGGACUUGAUAUAUCCAUUGCUGCAAACAGUAACAUUAACUUGUGAAUCUCUGCUCUUAAUGAGUGUUAGUGCAAAUCAUAGAGCUGUCAAUCUUCAAUGUGGUAUUGAUUUGGGACAUUGUCUUGCUAAGUAUUGUUCUUUCCCACCUCAUAGGGAACCAACAAAGCCUUUAGAGUUUUUGAAGGAACGUGCUAGUGUUAUCAAAGCUGCAUCAGUAUUGCUUCCUGAAGAUAAGUAUCCUGGACAAGUUAAAACAGUGCAGAAUAUCAUAAUGCGAGCUACGGUCCUUGACUUGGUAAAUGCUAUUCAUGUUAACAGAUAUUUGACAGAUCACACUAUUGAGCUUACUACAGAGCUUUUUGGACUAGUUACAUGUAUAUGGCAGCAACAGGAAGAACAGAAGGCUUUAAAAUCAGAGGAAGAAGAAAAUUUAUAUCGCUAUAAACCUCGUACUUUAGCAGCCUCAGAAACAGAAGAAGAAGAACAAGAACGGGAAUUUAAGGAGGCUUUCCCUGCUUAUUACCAUGAAUUUGAUGAUUUAGAGGGGCCAGAUUUAAAUGAACCUAAGAAAGUGGAUGAACCUGUCAUAGAUGAUUGGGGAGAUGUCCCUGUUGGCUCUUUAACAGAUGAACAAAUGUAUGAAAUGAGUGAAUGGCACAGGAUCAUCUUCACAUCCCAAAUUGAUACCUCAUGGCUCUCAGCCAUUGAUAAUAAAGCCAAAAUAUCUAACCAGCUAAUUUCAGCAGCAAUGUUGAGGUUGCAUGUUUUGAAACUAAUAGUAGGAAAUGUUGGUGCUAUAACCAGUAAUAAAUUAGAUCAUUCAACAGUAGGUGCGCACAUUUUGAACAAUUAUACCUCAUGUGCCAUUCUUACAGAUGAUCAAACACCAUCCAUACUUACUCCUAUUUAUGACAUAUAUCAAGAUCCAAAUCCUCAAGAAGCAUUGAAAGUUCGCCCUCUUCUUCUACCAGUUCAUGAACGCGUCAAUGAGUUGCUCUUCCAGUGGCCAGAUCACCCCAGCCUUAAUAUGAUAAACGUAGUGAUAAGGAGGGUGUUGGCAUUUCCUUUAACAUCACCUCUUAUGAGACACGUAGUGGGCUUGGAGACAUUACUAGAUAAAUCGCAAGAGUGGGAAAAAAAUGCUCAUUCAAGAGUAUCUCUAAUGGAUCAAUUGCAACCUGUAACACGCCAGAUAAUCGAAUGGCGAAAAAUGGAGCUACAGGCAUGGCGCUCUUGUCUUGACGCUGUUACUCAGAAAGUAAGCUUGCAGGGUCGUAAAUGGUGGCCUCAUCUAUUUAAUAUGUUUCAAGCAAGUCUUACCGAAACUGUGUCUAUUGUAGAAGUUGCAACAACACUCAAAAAGUAUUUUGAGACAUCUCUUCUUGGUGACUUCAAGACACGGCUAGACCUUUUGUAUGCCUUCCACUGUAAUCUGACUGUAUUAGAGAAGAGCAAAGUUAAAAACAGACUUUUAGCUUUAACUUGGAAUUUUUACCACUAUUAUUUGCAAUUUUUGCCACAAGUAACAGCUAAUCUCUCGAAAGCUAGAUUACCAAUUGAAAAAGAUGUAAAAUCAUAUGUGAAAAUUGCCCGUUGGAAUGACAUCAACUUCUUUUCUGUUCGUGAGUCUGUGGUUAAAAGCCAAAGAAUUUUACACCGUCACAUGAGAAGCUGGGAAAAAACCUUAAAGUCACCCGUUUCACCAGUGCUGUGUGAUACCUCCUCAGAACUAAGUCAUGAUCAUACUGGUGCUUGGGAUAAAGAACAUAAUCAAGAGGUGCAUGCUUUAAUAAUGCCUAAAAUUCCUAAGUCACCUGGCGAUGUCAUCUGUUUCACCAUGUUAACAGAUAAAAUUGUGUUGAGUAAGUUAUCAUCAUUUACCAAUCGUUGCCAUAGUCUUAUAAGCAAGAUUUUAGGUAAGAAUCAUUACUCAUCAAACAUAGAUUCACUUGAUGAGUUUACAGUAAACGUUAUCAGCAAUUAUCAGGAUCUUCAACAAGCAGCUACAAAGGCAGAAAGUGUGCCAGAAAAGGAAGUGAGAUUACAACAGCUGCGUAACGUCAUGCAACGGCGACGUGAUUCUCUUGCUCAUUUAUUCAAGUACCUUAAUAUUCUUGGUGUUUCUUACACACGUGGUAACAGUAUAUGGGAUGAAAGUGAUAUUGACAAGUGUUUUGGAUCCAAGCCAGUGGAUGUUAAUGUAGCUCAUAAAGAUAUACCUGAAUCCAAAGCAGCAUGUGAGGCUUGGUCAGGGUGUGUGAAAUACUUGAACCGUUCCAUUGCUCGCCAUUCACUUUUGCUGACAUCACUCCAACAAGCUCACAAAGACUUGGGCCCUGAAAUGAUAAAGCGUUUGCAGGGAAUAGCAUGUCAUCUGUUUUUGUUGGCUCGUAAUCAGAACAAAUCUAUAUCUGACCUUAGUGAUCAUACAAGAGAAUUGCACUGCAUUUUACAUGACAUCAAGAAUGUUGACUUAAAUCCACCUCCACCCUCUGCUAUGUUAAAUUGCUGGGAACAACUUCACACCUUGAAUACAGCUCUUAACGUCGGUAUAAGUGAAGUGAACAUUAUCUUGAACACUGUGAGUAGUUCCUCCCCUUUAUUGUUAAUAGAAGAAAGCCCAGAGGUACCUGAUCAAAUGAAACUUGAAGAGGCUAAGUGCAUACUAGAGGACAUUGGGAAGUCAUUACCUGCUUUUGUAAGAAAAUAUUCUGAGUAUGUCAAUCACUUUGAAAAUGGCACUCAUCUUGUGACACCAGUUUUCAUCAAAAGGUUAAGGGGCGCUAUUAGAAGAACUGUAGAGGACACAGAGAAAAUUAAAAAAGUUAUCAGCCUUUUGUCUGUGGGUGAUGAAAGAGAGUUUCCAGUGACAAAAACACUUUCGAAGUGGAUUAGUGUUUGGGAAUCAAAGAAGGUUGAACUGAGUGCAUUUGUUGAAAAUAGUUUUCUGGAAGGAGCUAAAGAACCACAGCAAGAAGUUUGUAAUGUGACAAAAAAUGUCAGUGUAUUAGAGUCUUGUUUAGCAUACAUUUUGCUAGCAGUUGAAAACAUAUACAAGAGACAUCAUUUAAGAGAAAGGGAGACAGAUCAAAGUGAAGAUGGCUUUGAAAAGAAAAUGAUUCGGAAAGGAUUGGUAGAAGAUUUGGAGGCUGACAGGAAGGAUCUUCAUCUAAAGCAGGUUCUUUGUAUGCUGAAAGCACUGUUGAAAGAAUCUGAGGAACCUCAACUUUUAUUAAUGUUGAAAGCCACUUCACCGCUACUGGAACAGUAUUUUUGUAUGUGUGAGUCUGUAUUUGUAUUUAUUGUCAACAGUAACAGGUCACUAACUAAAUUUACUUCCAUUCUUCAAGCUAUAUUUCAGCAUCUUGCACUGAAAGGAUUUUGUCGUCCUCAAGAACUGGAAGAGGAGGAAGCUGGAGGGGAAGGUGGUACAAGCUUUGAAAACUCUGAUGGUACCGGUCUGGGAGAGGGGGAGGGUAAGAAAGAUAUGUCUGACCGCUUGGAAUCGGAAGAUCAGCUUGAGUCUGCACUCAGAGAAGGUGAAACAGAGGAAUCUGGAGAUCAGGAUUUGCCUGAGGAUGAGAAAGGUGUAGAGAUGAGUGGCGACUUUGAAGGAAAAUUGCAAGAUGUUGACCAACAGGAAAGGGAUAAUGAUGAUGAUGACAAUGAAAGUGGCAGUGAUGAUGAAGAUCAUGAAAAGCAAAUGGGAGAAACUGAAAAAGGUGCAGAGCAGUUAGAUAAAAAACUUUGGGGUGAUGAUGAUGAAGGUGGUGAUGAUGAUGAUGAGGAUGAGGAUAAAGAUUUAAAUGAAGAUGAUGGUGAAGGAGAGGGAGAACAAAGAGAGUCCAAAAUGGUAGCUAAAGAUGAUAAUAUAAGUAAAAAAGAAAAAGAUAAGGAAAGGAAAGAGAAGGAAAAACUGGAGGAAAUGGAAGAUACACGACAAGAAAACACAAUGGCUGAUGAUGGAGUAGAAUAUGAUGAUAAUUUUGCAGAUCCUUAUGCUGGUGAGGAAAAUAAUCCAAAUGAUCAAGAGGAGGAAGAAAAUUUGGAUUUAGAUGAUGAAAUGGUUUUAGAUGACAAAGACGCUGAUGCAGAGGAUGAAGAGGAGGAUGGGGACCAGUUUGACAUUCCAGAAAUGGGCGUUUUCCCAGAAGAGGAACGUGAAACAAAAGAGAAAGAAGAAGGACAGGAAGAAGAAGAAAAAGAUGAAGUUGAAGACUCUAGUAAAACCGAUGCUAAAACAGACAAAGGAAAUUCAGACCAUAGUGAUGAUGAGGAGAAAGAGAAAGAGGGUGAAGAUGAAAACGGUGAAGAUUCUUCUGAAAAUAAGCCAGAUAACCGACAAGUAGGGAUAGAAGAAGUAAAUGAUGAUGUGGAGCAGCAGCAGCAAGAGGAAGAAUCUGCCGAAGCAUCUGAAGAUAAAGAGAGCAAAAGUAAAAAGGCAGAAGCAGCAGAAAUGGACACAACUGAGGGCAGCAAGGAUGAAACAAAGGAAAGACCCAAGACAGAGACAGGUGGCCAACGAGAGGAAGACAAAGAUGAAGAACAGGAUGAACAAGGUCAGAUGGGAGAAGAGACAGAGGAACAAGAAGGAGUAGGUGAAUCUGAGAGUCGAACUCGGGAUGAGUCUCACAAGGGUGAAAGCUCAGCUCUAGUAACAAAAACAUCUGCAAGUGAUCAAGCUGACAUGGAGAAACCACGUAAGCCAGGAGAGACCAAUGAGGAUAGGACUCUUGGUGACAAUGAAAAAUCUAUCCAGCAUGGUCUCAUGACAAAGGAAAAACACCGACAUGAAAACAGAGAAAAGGAUGAAACUCGUAAGAAUGAUAAAGAAGAAGAGGACAGUGAGCAAAAAAAGAGCUCUUCAUAUGAGCACAUAAGCAAAGCUGAUGACCACAUGGAUGCUCAGAUGGUUGAUGCAGGCACUCAGGAGCAAGCACAGGAAGCCCCUGCACCUGCAGAUAGACAAGAUGAGGAGAAGGAAGAAGAAGAAGAAGAAAUGAUGGAGACACCUAUGGAGGUGGAAGAAGAAGAGACAGGAGUUGCCGAUGCAGAAAAAGAAGCUCUUGGGCAAGCAGGGGAAAAGAAUGAUGAUCAGGGUAAAGAUGAAACUCUGGAUCCUCAGGGUGAUGGUGAAACAUAUAUGGAAACUGAGGGAGAGGUUAUAUUAGAGUCAACUGUAGAAAGACCACCAGAGACAUAUUUCCACACUUUGUUGCCUGAAGAAAAUGAAGAGGACAUAGAGGAUGCAGACUUUGAUGAGAAUGUUGAAGGAACACGUCGCCAGAUAGAAGUCACAAAGAGUCAAAACGCAGAAGAAUAUAGUUCAAGUUGGUCUCGGCAAGAAGCUCGUGUAGCACCCAUGGCACUACAGUUGUGUGAACAGUUACGUCUAAUAUUGGAACCGACACAGUCUUCGAGAUUAAAGGGGGAUUAUAGGACUGGUAAAAGGCUUAACAUGCGUAAAGUUAUACCUUACAUUGCAUCAGAGUUUCGCAAAGAUAAGAUAUGGUUAAGACGUACUCAACCCUCUAAGCGAACUUAUCAAAUUUUGGUUGCUGUGGAUGAUUCCGAGUCCAUGAUUGAUGUUAAUGCUGGAAGUCUUGCCAUAGAGAGUAUUGCACUGGUAACAAGAGCAUUAACUUUGCUUGAAGCUGGAGAAGUAGGUGUUAUUAGUUUUGGAGCAUCAACUCGAAUUUUGCAUCCACUUGAUCAGCCGUUUAGUGAAGCUGCUGGUAGCCAGGUUCUCUCAAACUUGAAGUUUGACCAAAAAGUAACAGACUUUGCUCGUUUGCUGGAGGAUAGUGUUGCUCUCCUAACUUGUUCUCGGCAAAGUAGCAGUCAUGGAAACCCAGAUACAGCCCAGCUGUUAUUGAUUCUUAGUGAUGGACAAACUCAUACACGAUCUAAAGCCGUAAAGGCUGCUGUGAGGGCUGCAAGAGCCAACAGAAUAUUUAUAGUAUUCCUAGUCUUAGAUGCAAAGGAUAACAAGUACUCUUUUUAUGAUAUCUUAGUGUAUAAUGAUGGAAAAAUGACCAAUUUAGUAGAUUCAUUCCCCUUCCCCUUUUUCCUUGUUGUUAGAGACAUUAAUACAUUACCAGAUGCUUUGUGUACUGCUCUGAGACAGUGGUUUGAACUUGUAACUGCAGAUGCAGCACAUUAAGAAAGUGAGUAGUUACUGGAGCAAUGUUGUAUAAUAUUCUUAAUGUCACAUAUUAAUAGAAAUUUUUUUAUAAUGUUAUACUGUUUUUGUUAAAUUAGCAAAGUUUACUUGCUUACUUGCUUACUUUGUAAAUGAAAUCAAGAAGUAGAGAUGACUAGCUAUGUUUUGCAUUAGAAUUACAGCAUGUUCCAGUACUAAAGUGUGAUUUAACCAAAAGAGGUGUGAGGUAUCAGACUAUUGUUUGUAGAAAUUACGUUUGCAUUCAGAGUUGACUAUUUUUCAGUAAUAAAUGUUCCAAACAA